AUGUGUACGUUAAGCGAGAAAUGUAGCGCUCUUGACGAAAGCGACAGGAAAGGAUUCGUCGCUUUCUACCGAUCGCUACCUGCUGAUCCGAAGAUUAUCCGUAUUUUCAGUCGGAAGGACAACUACUCGGUUCACGGUGACAACGCGGUCCUGAUCGCGCGAACCUUUUUGAAAACAACUACCGCCUUACACUACCUCGGACACGGUGAAUCCGCUCUUCCCGGGUUGACACUGAACCGCAACCUAUUUGAAAGCAUACUGCGCGAGCUAUUGUUGGAUCGAACUGAACAUCUGGUCGAACUUUAUGAAGAGACUUCCCGCCAAGUUUGGAAACUUUCUCGGACGGCUUCACCAGGGAAGCUGGACGCAUUUGAGGAAGAGCUCAAUCGUUCGGAUGAUCUAUUUGACACACCUGCAGUGGCUGCUGUUCAAGUUAAGGUUCGAAUGGAUCAGCAACAUGUCGGAUUCGCCUACUUUAAUCCAGUGACGCGGCAUUUCGGUGCUUGUGAGUUUGUGGACGAUGAUCAGCUGCGCAUACUUGAGGCAACCAUCUGUCAGCUAGGCAUAAAGGAGUGCGUGCUCCAACUUCAGGCCAUUGAGACCCCCAACGGUCGCCGGCUGAGAGACCUCAUCAGCCGAUGUGGUGCCCUGGCCUCACAACGCGCAACAUCAGACUUUGACAUUAAUCAUCUUGAGCACGACCUUUCAUGUUUACUCGCACAUGAGGCUUCGGAGAAUAUAAGAACAGUAAACGUAGUGAAUGCGCCAAAUGCCGCGGCCCUCGAACAUCACCGGGCUAUUCUAACAAAAGAAUUAGCAGCUGGCGCACUCGCUGCUACACUGCGAUUCUCCGAUGCUCUUGCUGAUUCGAAUCAUCGUGGACGUUGCACACUGGCUUUGCACGACACAGGAAAGUAUGUUAGGCUUGAUUCUUCCGCUUUGAGCGCACUAAACGUACUCCCAGAAAGGAGGGUUCUGUCUCCGUCUACAGCAAGUGCUGCUGCGGAUGCGAUAAGUAAUUUCAGUUUGUAUGAUCUGCUAAAUAAAUGUCGAUGUCCGAUGGGGAGGCGUAUGCUGUUCCGAUGGUUGAAGCAGCCACUGCUGGAUACCGUUGAAAUAGGGCGAAGACAUGAUGUCGUGGAAGCCUUCGUCAACAAUCCCGAAGUGCGAGACGCUUUGCGAGGGACGCAUCUCAGGGCACUUCCAGAUAUCCACAGGAUAACUCGUAGAAUCGAGCGUCGCCGUGCAAACUUGGCAGAUUUAUGUAAGCUGUAUCAAGCAUCAGCAGCUUUGCCGUAUAUAGCUGGGGCUGUGAGUCAAAUUGAUACUUGUCACAGUCGUGCAUUGAGAGACAUGUACACUGAUAAACUCAUCAAGCUUAGUGAUAAUGAUCACCUUGGAAAGUACGAGGCUUUAAUUGAGGCCGCUAUAGAUCUGAACAAAAUUCCUGAGGAAUACGUUAUUGAUGCGUCAUAUGAUCUCGAUCUUGAAAUUUUGCAGAAGCGUAAGGAUGCCGCCAACGAGGAUUUGCAAAAGGCCUUCCAGGAUGCCGCUGACGACUUGAGAAUGCAAGCAGGCAAGGCCCUUAAAUUGGAAAGCAAUAACAUGUAUGGAUGGUACUUGCGGUUGACAAAGAAAGACGAGACCACGGUCAGGAGGCAACUCUCAGCCAGCUAUCAGAUCUUAGAGGCUAAGAAGGAUGGCACCAAAUUCACAAAUAAGCGGCUUCAUUCUCUCAGCUCCAAAUGCAUGGAACUGGACAAAGCUUACGAAUGUCAGCAACGCGUUCUUGUGGAUCGAGUUGUUGAUGUCGCGGCCUCUUUUGUAGAUGUAUUCCUGGAGGUCAGUAACUUGUGUGCAGAAAUUGACGUUCUAGCAAGCUUUGCCGAGGUCGCUGUUUCAGCUCCAUUACCAUUUACCCGGCCAUCUGUCCAUCCGAAACAAUCAAAUGCUGAUAGUAUUCGCGAAGAAAUCAUCCUAAAAGACAGCCGGCAUCCUUGCAUGGAAUUGCAGCACGGCGUUCAGUUUGUUUCAAAUACUUGCACUCUACAGCGCGGCAAAAGCUGGUUUCAACUAAUCACAGGCCCUAAUAUGGGUGGAAAGUCCACUUUUAUCCGCCAAGUUGGUAUCUGUGUGCUGAUGGCUCAGGUUGGGUCCUUUGUGCCAUGUGCCGAGGCAAAGAUUGCUGUUCGCGAUGCUAUUUACGCUCGGGUGGGUGCAGGCGAUAGUCAGUUGCGUGGGAUUUCAACGUUCAUGGCAGAGAUGCUCGAAACCACGGCGAUCAUCAAAGCUGCUACCCCAUCCUCCCUAAUCAUCAUUGACGAACUUGGUCGUGGAACUUCUACCUAUGAUGGCUUUGGUGUUGCCUGGGCCAUCUCGGAGUAUAUUAUGAGAAAUGUGAAGGCGCCCUGUCUUUUUGCCACGCAUUUUCACGAGCUCACCGCUCUCCAAGGACCUUUGGGCGUCACUAAUUAUCACGUGGAUGCUGAAAUUGAUGAAAGAAGUGGCAAACUCACAAUGCUGUACUGCGUUUCACCAGGUGUUUCGGACCAAUCUUUCGGCAUUGAGUGUGCAGAAUAUGCAAAAUUUCCUGAGCAAGUUAUUAAAAAUGCGAGAGAAAAGGCUUUAGAACUCGAAGAUUUUUCUGCAAAGGCAACUGCGUUCGCAGCCUCGAAAAAUACGUGUCUGGAAGCAAGUCUACUUGGAAUGAAAAGAUCGUCGUCUGAUCAUAGAUUGCGCGACACUGCAGGGCGCGCUGUUGUCUCGCAGACCUUGACAGCUACGCUAUUUCUUGACAGUUUUUGCACAGUCCACCUCGAUAAACUUUCGAAAGAAGAUAUAUUUCAUCACACGAAGCGCAUGAAAAAGGAGCUGGUGCUGGUAGCACGAUAGAACAACGCAUCACUGCCGGCAUGUAAACGCAUAUGUCUGGACAAAAGUGCAACUGGUAGUUCGACAAAAUCUAGAUGUGCUGAGAUGAGAAGUAUACGUCGUCCCGAUGAAUUUACAUGUCGGUAGAUCUUUAUCAAUAAUUUUACUGCACGGCUGGUUGAUUG